CCCGCGCCCAAAAGAAAAAGAAAGAAGAAAACCUCCGUUAACUUCACUCCUCUCUCUCUCUCUCUCUCUCACUCAUGGCGUGAUGCUUACUGAAAGCAAGCAAGUUCACUGUUCAUUGUCUCUCUAGCUUUAUCACAUGGAACCAUUGUGUGUGUAUCUUUGUGUAAAUUGCUAAAUGAUGAUGAAGCGGAAUUCUUCCAAAGACUCACUCAUCGGUAUCGGAGGUCGGAAUCUCCAUUCUAAUGGUAUUCGUAAUGCUCCUCCAGUGGCCGGGUUAUUAUCUCACCGGAGAGUUAUGAGUUUCACCAGCACCACCGAGGAUUUCAACAACAGUAACAGCAACAAUGUCGAUUUCCUCUCUCGUAAUCGCCGUAGUCUUUCCGUCGCCUCCUCCGACGAAUCCGACUUGCAGAUGAGAUUAGGAAGACUUUCGGUUGGAUCAACUAAAACUGCAAAAAACGUAUUAGAUGAUCUACUUUCAUCUAAUGAAGGCGGAAAGCAUGACUACGACUGGCUCCUGACUCCUCCGGGAACUCCUCUACUUCCGUGUUCCUCCGAUGGAAAAGAAUCAGAGUCUCAACCAACAUCAACAUCAAUAUCAAUCACCCCUAGAAGAAAUUCUUCAGUUAGAUCAGGCUCUGCCACUAAGAAUUCAAGGCUUUCUGCUUCUCAAUCUGAGAGUAUACAUCCUUCAAAUUCAAAACCAGCAAGAAGCAGUUCAACAACUACCAACAGAAACCCUAAUAUUCUAAAUACGAGUUCUGCUUCCGUCUCAUCUUACAUAAGACCAUCCACCCCAACUAAACGUUCUUCAUCCACCGCAACCUCACGACCUUCAACGCCUUCGAGAACCCUCCCAUCCACCACCACCACCACCGCACGUUCUUCAUCCACCACCAGACCAUCCCAAAACUCAAGACCAUCAACUCCUACUUCCCCUGUCAUUCGACAACCUUCUUCUAGGCCAUCGACUCCCACUUGUAGGAGUCCAACACCUUCUGCUACAUCUUCACCUUCUUCUGUACGUGCUUUAUCUUCCAAUGGCCGGACUGUAGGGCCCACAUCCAGGCCAAGCUCUCCUAGCCCACGUGUUCGCCCCCCACCCCAGCCGAUCAUCCCUCCUGAUUUUCCACAUGAAACGCCACCAAAUCUCAGAACAACUUUACCGGAAAGGCCUCUCUCUGCCGGAAGGUCUAGACCAGGUACAGCCAUGGCUACAACCUCUGCUGCAAGUAUAUCAAGGAGACAGUCAUCGCCAAUAGUCACUAGAGGAAGACACACAGUCACAGAACCUCCCCCUUCAAGAGGGCAAUUACCUGUGCCUGAAUCGCUCACAAAAAGACCUAUAAAAAUGUCAAAUUCCGAGGGUGUUACUGGUACAGGAUAUGGGAGGAAUAUCUCAAAGAAAUCACUUGACAUGGCCAUAAAACAUAUGGAUAUAAGAAAUGGAGGCAUACGUCCUUCAACACUUUUUCCUCAAAGCAUCCGGAUGCAAGGUGGCCAUGGUUCAAGUAAAAAUGGAACUUUAUAUUCUUCUAAAAUAAUCAAAGUGGACAUGUAUGAGAGCUCGAGAUAUGAUUCUCUUUUACUGAAAGAAGAGUUGAACGACACAACUUGGCUGCAUAAUGUAGAAGAAAAGAGUGAUGAAUUAGGUCUAUUGUUUGAUAAUGGAUUUGAGACACUCCCUGAACCUUUUUCACCCUUGUGACAUCACACUUCUUAUUCAUUAAAUUAUGUGUCUGAAAGUGAGGGCGUUGUGAAUCUGUUUGUUUUCCAUUACAUGUAAUACCCAAAAAGAGUAAGUUGAUUUUUGUAUAUCUCUUGAAAUAUAUAACAUAUAUAUAGGUUUAAGUUA